AUGGCUGCUGCAAUUGCAACUCCCGAGGCAAAGAUCCUGGCGGAGAUGGUCGGGGAGGUGAUCAUGGAGCACACCAUCCCAAUAACCGGGUGCGACAACUACGAGAUGCGGGAGGACGAGAAGAAGAUGCUGGCAGCCAUCGCCAAAGAGGUAAGUCCCGUUAUCGGCCAGACCGCCGAGGUCAUCUCCGUCCCGAUGGGCGACCGCUGCGUCAAGGCCCGGUCCAUGGUGAUCUGCACCGCCGAGCGCCUGGAGCCCGAGGCGCGGACGGAGAUCAUGCGGCGCGCGACCAACGCGCUCAGGACGCACGAGUUUGACGUCUUCUUCCGCACCGGCGAGAUGACGCGCGAGUUCGCCGAGGCCAUCAUCGCGAGCAGGCAGUGGAUUAGUGCCGCGUGGGGCUCGGACGGCGGGCCGGGAGCUGUCGCCAAGUCCGGCACGGUCGACCCCAAGGCCGCCGUGCCUAGGCGUCAGCUGCCGCAGCCCGCCGCCUCUCGCAUCAAGCCUCCCACGGCCACCGCCGCCCCGGCCCGCAAGGUCACGGCGCUGCCCCGGCCUGGCUGCGCGCGGCCUGCUUGCCAGCCGGCCGCGCCGGCUCAGCGGAAGGUGACCACGCCGACUCCCAGGGGCUCGGCCACAUCGGUUCCCAAACGAUCGACCACGCCGAUUCCCAAACGGUCGACCACGCCGAUUCCUGCAAAGGCAUCUACUCUACCUACGAGGAGCCCAAGUGUUUCGACACCCAGCCGACUCAGGGCGCCUAAUGUCGUCAAGGAGACUGCGCCCCUAGCCCCCACCAUGCGUGCCCCUAACAGCAGCCUGCCUAACUACUGGAACAAAACUCCCCUAGCUGACGACAUGCGCCCACUCCAGCUCCUAGACCCAGCCCCAGCAUACCGCACACGACAAUCGCCGCCAACGCGAAAGCUGCAACAAUGACGGCGCGCGCCACGACGGCCGACCAGCGCCUACUAGCGGCAGAAAAGGCCUUGACCGAGCGGGCCGUCCUCCUGCAGAGCCCGCUCUGGAUGGCCGCCGUGGGCUGGGUGAUGCUUACCGGCCGCUUGGCCACCUGGGCCGACCGCGAACUGCUGCUCUUCUCGACCGGCGUCGCCUUGCCCGCCCUCGUUGUGCCCGCCCUCGUCGCUCGCCCCAAAACUGCCCGCCGGCCUCCUCUCCUCGCCCAGCAUUGGCUCAAGCUCAACCUCUGGGUGUUCAUCGUCGUGUGCUGGGGCACCUACUUUGGCUCGCACUACUUCUUCCAGCUGAUGGGCAUGCGCUACCACUUCCCCGCCAUCCGCCUCACGCUCGACUCGGACGUGCUGCGCGGCGGCGGCGGCGGCG